CUACUACGGGAGGAGUUAUAGAAAUUAUUUUCAAUGAUAUAUCACGCUCAGCAACUAUUUUCUUAAAUGAUAGCACUAAUAAUACUAAAAAUUUGAACAUAUCUAAAGUGGUUCUAAUUUCUGAAGAAACUUAUCAAAAAAUAGUUAAUGAUCUAGCUAACUUAAAGGAGAAAGAAUCUAUUAUUAUUGAAGAUGUAGGAU